ACCACCGUCUGAAGCCACCGAGACUGAAACUGCUGUGAAAACACUCAGAGCUUGUCCUUUUUCCAGAGAUGUUUUCCAGGGAGCUGCCCGGGGCAGGGGUGCUGGGAGGAAGCCGGGGCCCUCACGGGCGGCCGGUCUCACCCUCUGGGGUCCUCGUGCUGCAGGGGGACCGGAGCUCCAUCGGUUGGUGGAAGAUGCACCUGGGGAAAAUGAAGGCCUGCUUGGUGCAAGGGGUGGCCUUCUGCCUCCUGCUGGGACCUCUGGCGGGAGCCAAGCCAGUGCAGGAGGAGGGAGACCCCUAUGCCGAGCCACCGGCCAUGCCCUACUGGCCUUUCUCCACCUCUGACUUCUGGAACUAUGUGCAGUACUUCCAGACCAUGGGAGCCUACCCCCAGUUGGAGGACCUGGCCCGCACCUUCUUCGCUCACUUCCCCCUGGGGACCACCCUGGGGUUCCACGUCCCCUAUCAGCAGGACUGAGCACCAGCCUGGAUCCCUGGCCGCAAGCUCAAUAAAUUCCUCACCUGAGUCACACAAA